AAAGCUAUUUAUUUCCUCCAGAUUAAUGCACAAAAAACUCUUUAGUUUUUUUCUGAAACCAAUUACAUUUUCAUUUCAUAAAACAUUACUUUCUGUGCGAAUUCUUCCAUACAAAUUAAACUGUAGAAACAUGAAGUUUUUAAAUCAAGUUGAAGCUCAGAACAUUGAUGUAGAGCUUAUUAAUGAUUACAAGUAUACUCUUGAGCAGUUAAUGGAGUUAGCAGGCUUGAGUGUUGCAAGUGCUGUUGCUAAAUCAUUUCCAUUAGACUCUUUAUCAAAUCCAAAUAAAAAGGUUUUAAUAUGCUGUGGACCUGGUAAUAACGGAGGGGAUGGCCUAGUUGCUGCACGUCAUCUUAAAUUGUUUGGUUAUUCACCUGAGAUUUUUUACCCGAAACGACCGAAAAAGGAACUUUUUAAUAAUCUUGUUAUUCAAUGCAAACGACAAUUUAUUACUUUUAUAGAAGAACUGCCAGAUGCGGGUUACAUUAACGAAAACUAUAAUUUUAUAAUUGACGCAAUAUUUGGGUUCAGCUUUCGUGGAGACGUCCGUCCACCUUUUGAUUCCAUGAUUGAAAUGCUAAAAACAGUAUCAAUACCCUUGGCAUCUGUUGAUAUUCCGUCAGGUUGGAAUGUUGAAAACGGAAAUCCUGACGGCAUCAAACCAGAAGUUCUUAUUUCUCUCACUGCGCCAAAGCUUUGCGCUGCAAGGUUUAAAGGAGAGCAUCACUACCUUGGAGGUAGAUUUGUUCCCAAAGCUUUAGAAAAUAAAUAUCACUUAGACUUGCCAUUUUUCCCUGGCACAGACUGUGUCGUUCUCCUUCCGAAAAUCAAAUAGAAUUCAUGGGGAGUGAAGAAAAAAAAUUUUUUUUUAAAUUAAAAUUCGUAAAUGCAAGUUAUAAUGAAUAAUUUAAACGCGAUUAUAAAUUAAGCAAAAAUGUUAAACAUCUGAACAUUGAAUGAUAAAUGAUUCUUCGUAGCAGGUUGUAAAUAAGUAACCGCUUUUUUA